AUGCCGAGAGCUCUGCGAUCUGCCCGACGAAAACCUGAAGUUAGACAGGGACAGGCGGAGGCUCAUUUGCAAGAGCAUGACCUUCACGUCACAGUCGUCGACUUCGACAUCAGACAGGAGAUCUCAAGGCCGUUCACCGUCUUCCUCGUCCGGGCCACCUUCGGCUCGAGGCACUGGAUGGUGGAGAAGAGGAUAGAGGACUUCUACGAGCUCGAUGACUCCCUCAGGAGGAACCUGUCCAAGGAGAGCCAGGCUCACCUUCCUCACCUCCUCUCGCGCCUUGUCAACGCCUUCUCCAAGUCGAAGGAGUCGGGGCGAGUGGAAGAGCUGGACACCUACCUGAAGCUACUGUCCCUCAUGAUCGCUCAGGCGCGGGACAAGUGCCAAGACUCUCAGAUGGCCUCUACCGAGCUCAUGCACAUGGUGCACAACGUCUAUCGGUUUGUCAACUUCGCAGAGAACUGUGGACACAUUGAGACGUUGGAGGACGAGCUGCUUGUUGCGAAUCCCUCGUCCAUGAUCGACCACCAGCCAAAGGGUUACGAUGAGGACGAGCGACAGCUGCUGGCAGCAGCGAACCUCGAGUUCCAGAAGCUCAGCGAGGAGCUCAAUGACACUCUGAGCGGGGGGCAGGUGGCGUCCGAAGUGAAGAAGACACUGGGGCAGCAGGUUGCUGUAGAUCCGAUCGGUUUGAAGAUCGUGAUGAAAGAACGGACCUUGUCGGAUCUUAGGGAAAGAAUCUCCGUCGGCAAAUGUCAGGUGGAAGAGGCUGUGAACGGAAGCGAGGCUCUUGACAGGUCGAGAUACAAUAUUUUGGUGGAGAGAUACUGCAAGUCUGUGGCGUGA